UGUUGGUAUGGUUGUAUUUACUUGUAAAGCAGAGAAUAAUAAACCUGGUCAGCAGUCCUUGUUCAGGAGCUCAUGAAGCAGGUUUGGCCACUCCUCAGUCAUUCUCUUUGAGGACAUUAUUUUGAACUGCUAACCUAGAUACAAGCACUGCAUUAAGGGGACAUACAAAACGGAUUCGUCACGAUUCACAGCAUCAUGGAGCAUAGCUCAAGGCCAGAGGUGAAGUUGAACCUCAUGAAUGGUGCCCUAGUGCAGGCCAGACCUAAAACCCAGGAGAGAGAGCAGUGGGCCAAUAAGCUGGAGUUUCUAUUGGCAGUAGCAGGGCACAUCAUUGGCCUGGGAAAUGUGUGGAGGUUUCCGUACUUGUGCUACAAGAAUGGGGGAGGGGCAUUUUUUGUGCCUUAUGUGCUGUUUCUCUUCACCUGUGGGAUUCCUCUUUUCUUUUUGGAGACGUCACUGGGUCAGUUCACCAGUCAGGGUGGAAUCACGUGCUGGAGGAAGAUCUGUCCACUGUUUGAAGGCCUCGGUUAUGGUAGCCAAGUCGUUGUCCUCUAUACUGGAGUCUAUUACAUCAUAAUUCUAGCUUGGGCUUUCCUUUACCUCUUCUCGUCCUUCAGUUCAGAGCUGCCAUGGGCUAGCUGCAAAAACUACUGGAACACAGAGAACUGCAAAGAGUUCAGCAAGAGCAACAUUACUGAAUAUUCUCCAGAGACAAGCACAUCCCCUGUUAUUGAGUUUUGGGAGAGAAGAAUUUUGGGAUUGUCUGAGGGAAUAGAACAGAUUGGUAAUGUGAGAUGGGACUUGGCGCUCUGUCUCCUGUUGGCCUGGAUCAUCUGCUACUUCUGUGUGUGGAAGGGAGUGAAGUCCACAGGCAAGGUGGUAUACUUCACUGCUACUUUUCCCUAUUUAAUGUUGGUAGUGCUGCUGGUCCGUGGACUUACUCUUCCUGGAGCGAAGAAUGGCAUCAUAUACUACCUCUACCCUGAUCCAACACGUCUCACAGACCCGCAGGUGUGGAUGGAUGCAGGCAGUCAGAUAUUUUACUCAUAUGGAGUUUGUACAGGAGUACUGACUGCUUUGGGAAGCUACAACAAAUAUGACAACAACUGCUAUAGAGACUGUAUAUACUUAUGUCUGCUCAAUAGCUUAACUAGUUUUGUGGCUGGUUUAGCUAUAUUUUCGGUCCUGGGCUUCAUGGCAGAUGAACAGGGAAUGGAUAUUUCAAUGGUGGCAGAGUCAGGUCCUGGAUUGGCGUUCAUUGCUUAUCCCCGUGCUGUGGCUUUAAUGCCCCUGCCUCAGUUAUGGGCAAUCUUCUUCUUUAUCAUGAUCAUAUUCUUGGGACUGGAUAGUGAGUUUGUGUAUCAUGAAGCCCUGGUAACGGCUAUCUCGGAUAUGUAUCCCUCCUUCUUCCAAAUUGGACAUCGGCGUAAAUUUCUUCUCCUCUUCAUAUGUGCUGCCAGCUUCCUUUUUGGUCUGCUGAUGGUAACAGAGGGUGGCCUGUAUGUCUUCCAGCUUUUUGACUAUUACGCAUGUAGUGGAAUGACUCUUCUUACUUUUGCCAUCCUUCAGUCCAUCUGUGUUGGAUGGGUAUAUGGUGCAGACCGUCUCUAUGAUAGCAUUGAGGAUAUGAUUGGAUAUCGGCCUUGGCCCUUCAUGAAGUGCUGCUGGAGAUAUCUAACACCAGCUAUUUGCACAGGAACGUUUAUCUUCUCAUUGGUUAAAUACACCCCUCUGAAGUUCAACAAUGUGUAUGAAUACCCCUGGUGGGGCUAUGCGAUUGGUGGCUUCUUCACCCUUUCCUCCACCCUACUUGUUCCACUGUGGAUGAUUUAUUUGGUUGGUACCACUCCAGGGUCUAUGCGGCAGAGAGUAAAAGUCUUGUGUACUGCUGCUGAAGACCUGCCAGAUCCUAAACGUCCAAAACUGAAGCAAAACACAGUUACUUUUGAGACCUUCACAGACCUAUUGACUUUACGAACUGUUCACACACCCAACUCAUUACCUCUCAGAGACAUUGUCUGACUGUUCACCAUUUCUGCCUUGUUUUAGGCCUCUGACAAACAUUUUUUACCCAUUGUCAUUUAAGUGGCGCUGUACUGAACAUCAUGAUGGUUAAGUAGUAAUGUUUAUCAAAGCAUUUUUUUAUUAUUAUUUAUCAUACAGUUCAAGCAAGACUGGACAAGGACAAGGCUUGUUUGCUUUUUAUAAAUGCUUUUAAGUGUUACCUCAAAAAGGGUCUUUGAAGGCCAGGAUUGCCAGGUCUGCAUAACAAAACCAGCCCAAUGGCCAAUCAAAAAUAGCCAAAAGUUACCCUAUGACCAUAUCCCAAACAUCAAAACUCAAAAUGUGCCUCUCCCUUACCUAAAAUACAUAUUUUACAGUCACUAUUAUGCAAAUUGAAAACCACUACUACUUCGUAGUGAUCAUAAACACACAGCUCAAAAGCUCCCUACUAGUGUCCCUCCUUCACAUAACUUAACAUCUAGUAGCCUACAGUAUUAUCAUUGGUAGCAUAUCAAAUAUUGCAAUACAAGCAUUUCAGUCAAAAAUAAAUGACAAAAUAUGUAAAACCUUUAAAAGUUUAAAAGUAGCCGAAUUCCGCGGAUUGGCAACCAUGCGCUUUCAGAUUCCCCUUUAAUAGUGGAGUGUGUUUGUCUGACAUGUAAAACAAAAAUGUAUAAAAUGUGAAAAUGAAAAGUUAGAGUAUACAAUUGUACAAAAUUGCUA